AUGCGUUGCAAGCAACCCCAAAGUUUGAUGAACAUGGAAUCGAUUAAUCCUAACGCAUACUUCACGCAUCGAAGCGCCGCCAUAAAUGAGUUGAAGAAGGAUCCUUUGAAUGAUCCGUAUCCACACAUGUUUCACGUAACCAUUUCAACUGGCGAGUUCAUCGAAAAAUAUAAUAAUCUCCAGACCGGAACAGUGCUGAUAGCAUCUCACGUCAGUGUGGCCGGACGUAUUCAAGACAUUCGUCAAUCUGGUUCAAAUUUCAUGUUUUUGGACCUACAUGGAGAGAAACAGAAGCUCCAGAUCAUGGCCAAUACACAGUUGUACCAAAGUGCAAAGCAGUUUUAUGAGGACACUUCAAAAUUGCGGCGUGGUGACAUCAUCGGUGUGGUUGGUUCACCGGGCAAAACCAAGAAAGGAGUGCUUUCGGUAAUGGCCAAGGAAAUACAAUUGCUUGCCCCGUGUCUUCACAUGCUGCCUCAUCUGAAGUACGCUCUAAAGGAUAAGAGGACACGAUACCGCCAGCGCUAUCUCGACCUGAUGCUAAACAAUAACGUGCGCUCCGUUUUUGUGACUCGCGCAAGAAUCGUCAGCUACAUACGACAAUUUCUCGACAAUUUUGGAUUUCUGGAGGUGGAAACACCUAUGAUGAAUAUGGUUGCAGGUGGUGCUAAGGCCAAACCGUUCAUCACACACCAUAACGAGCUGAACAUGGAUCUGUUUUUACGCAUUGCACCGGAGCUGCAAUUGAAAAUGUUGAUCAUUGGAGGGUUCGAACGUGUGUACGAAAUAGGGCGACAGUUCCGUAACGAGAGCAUGAAUCUGACGCACAAUCCCGAAUUUACAACAUGCGAGUUCUAUAUGGCGUACGCGGACUAUAACGAUAUCAUUGUAAUUACGGAAAAGCUGUUGUCCGGUCUGGUACACACCAUUUAUGGUUCGUACAAAAUUAAAUACCACCCGCAAGGUCCGAAAGGACCCGAGGUCGAGAUUGAUUUUACGCCACCGUUCAAACGCAUCUCUAUGAUAAGUUCGCUGGAGGAAGAGCUUGGUGUGAAAUUCCCACCCGCCGAACAGCUGGACAAACCGUACGCAGUGAAAUUUCUGGACUAUCUGUGCACGGAACACAAUGUUGACUGUGAAUCGCCCCGUUCGGCGUCCCGUUUGUUGGAUAAGCUGGUGGGCAAGAUUCUGGAAGUAAACUGCCACAAUCCCACGUUUCUUUGCGACCAUCCGCAAAUGAUGAGUCCGCUGGCGAAGAAACACCGCACACAGCCGGGCUUGACGGAACGCUUCGAGCUGUUUAUCAUGGGGAAUGAAAUCUGCAACGCCUACACCGAAUUAAACGAUCCGGUUGUACAGCGCCAGCGGUUUGAGCAACAGGCAGCCGACAAAGCCGUUGGAGAUGACGAAGCGCAUCUGGUGGACGAGAACUUCUGCACCGCGCUCGAGUAUGGUUUACCGCCGACCAGCGGAUGGGGUAUGGGCAUCGAUCGACUGACAAUGUUGCUGACAGACUGCAACAGCAUCAAGGAAGUGUUGCUGUUUCCGGCGAUGAAGCCCGAUAAUACAGUCCGUAAGCAAACGGUCACAUCAGCUCAAAACGUAGCUGAAUGA